AUGGCUACGAAUCAUGCAAAUGGUACAUCUAAUGAAUCUAAUGAAGCAAAACGAAGUCACUGGAAUAAAAAGAUGCAAUCAUUACUGUCUUCUAUCGGAUAUACGGUUGGCUUAGGCCAUAUAUGGGAAUUUCCCUAUCUUUGCGCGACUAAUGGAGGAGCUGCUUUCCUGGUAGCAUACUUCGUCAUCUAUAUCAUCAUAGGAAUUCCCAUUUUAUUUAUGGAAUUAGCCAUCGGUCAGUAUGCUCAAAUGGGAAGCUUGCAAAUGAUGGCUCAUUUAUUUCCAAUACUGAAAGGUGUUGGCUAUGCAAUGAUUAUUUGCUCCUUUGGAACAGCAAUUUACUAUAACGUUAUGAUUGCGUGGUCGUGUAAUUUUCUGUUUGCCUCUAUGCAAAGCGAACUUCCUUGGGCAGGAUGCGAACAUGAUUGGAAUACAAAUAGAUGUCGUACAUAUGAUAUUAAGUGCCAACCAUUUAAUUAUUCAUUAUCAAAUAUCUCAAAUAGCCCAACAUUAAUAAGCUUAACUUAUUGGGGAUUAAUUCCUUCACAAAGUAGCAAUCUAACGGCUCCAACCGAUGAAUUUUGGAAUCGUAUGGUCUUGAAAAUCAAUGCAAAUAUUAACAAUUUCGGUGAAAUGCAAUGGAAUACAGCACUAUGUUUACUGCUAGCUUGGCUAAUUGUCUAUAUCUGCAUCUAUAAGAGUAUCCAAUCCUUUAGUAAGGUAGUUGUCUAUUUUUUCGUGCUAUUUCCUUACCUAACGCUAGUGGUAAUAAUAGUUCGUGGAACAACAUUAUCUUGCAGUAAAGCUGGAAUCCUAUUGUAUUUUCAUGCUGGAUGGGAAAAAUUGGGCCAAGUAGAUGUGUGGUCAAAAGCUGCUACCCAAGUAUUGAAGUCUCUUGGUCUAGGAUACGGCUGCUUAAUUACCAUCGGCAGCCAUAAUAAAUUCAAUAACAACUGUUUCAGAGAUGCUAUGCUCGUAUCUCUGUUUAACGGUAUUACUAGUUUGUUAGCUGGACUAGCGAUGUUUAGUUUUACUGGGUUUCUGGCAUUUGCAAAUAAUGGACAAGUGGACAAUACUAUUGAAGGAGGCAUUAGACUAGCUUUCGUAGCUUAUCCUUUAAUGGCAGCUCAAGUCUCUUUGCCCAAGUUGUGGUCGAUCUUGUUUUACUUGAUGGUUAUGAUGUUAGGCUUAAGUACUCAGGUUAUGUACUUAGAGAAUAUUCUCGUAGUAGUAUUGGAUAGUUUCCCAAAAAGUGUUGGCGCAAGAAAGAGAACAAGUGUUAUUAGUUUGUUAAUAUGCUGCACUAUCUAUGGCAUUAGUUUACCAUGCACUACUCAGGCAGGAUAUCAUAUAGUCAAUUUGAUGGCUAAUCAUUUUACUGGGAUAUCAAUUCUUAUUAUAUGCCUAUUUGAAAGUAUUGCCAUUGGAUGGGGCUACGGCUCUAUUAAACUAGGAAAAUCUGUAACCAAAAUGAUUGGUUAUAAACCAUGGUUGUAUUAUUGGUGGAUUUUCUGCUGGAUUAGUGUAGUUCCCGUUUUUCUUAUGGUAUACUGGAUGUUUAUAAUUCGAUUUUUAAUAUUAUACAACUAUUAUUAA